GUCACGGAGGUAACACGGGAGCCUCGCCCAAGGAUCUCUGUGCUACACAAAGGAUCAUAAAACCCAUUUGAUGGAGACUACUUUCUGAAUAUAUUCUAUGCAGGAUAAGCAUUUUCACUUCAAUCGUGUGUAAUUUUGCUAAAGUUCGCGAAACGUUUCGAAUCAAAUUCCGUGCAAAUCUAAGCGCCGAAAGUAAACGUGGAAAAUGAUUUGAAAAUGAUUUUUUCACUCGUUCCGUCUUUCGCUUGUUAGUCACAUAACGGUGGUAAAAUCGCGGUCUGCAAAAAAUCGCAGGAAGAAAAUUGAAGGCGACAGAAGCAUAAACUAACCAAGAAACGAGUAAUUUUCUCGCCUUCUUACAAUCCGCCGUGUUGAAUAGUGGUUCCGCGUUUUUGUGUGUGUAUAUUUCUUACAGGUAAACAGAACCUUGAAACGUGGAAAAGAGGAUUUUACCAAAGUGUGUUUGUCAUAAUGAUCAGCAUCUGGUAUAAUAACAAUGAAUAUAGCCGUGACUGGAUCCGUAUAGCUGGACGAUAGUACCCGUUAUACCCUAGCAAAGGGUUACGUCCAAAGAACAGACAUCCAGCCGAACCAAGCAGUGCUCAAUCGAAUUCAUCACAUCAACAGCAACAACGUCGCCACAGUCAACUGCUGCAACAGCAGCAGCAACAUUCGUCGUCGCAACCAACCCAAUCAACUUCCGCUUCAUUCACAUCCGCAUCUUCCAACACAUCAACCGGCACACGCCAUUCCUCUGAGAACAGUACAAAGGUUAUGGGCAAACACGAAAUGAAGCGCGGAAUAUCACAAAGAUCAUCGGAUGCCGGAGAUUCUCCCAAGCAUUAUGGUUCAGCAUCCUCCAAUUUGGUUGGAAAAUUCACCCAGAGCGUACGGCGGAUCGUGCAAGAUGUCAAAGAUGAAGGAUCACCAAGUGGUAUGAGCCGGGAGGAGCUGAUCGAAACCAAUGAGCGGCUGCGAGCUGUUCGUGUGCGUCUGGAAGAAUCGUACGAUACGGCGAAGAAAGCAUUAGUCACCCUGAUGAAUAAAUAUGGAGACUCCAAAAGCCAACGGAAUGUUUUCAACCGAUAUCCGAUGCUAAAACUGAUGAUUAAGGACGUCAUCCGCCUAGAGACGCAAUACUGGACGCUAGUGGAAAUCCCUAAACAGGAGAAGCUAGAAACAGUCCCUGCCUUUGUCUUACGCGCGUGUAGCAUUAUGGAGAAAUCACAAAAAUCGGGUGAUGGUGUCAAAUCGUCCGCCAAACUGGCAGAGGAAGCAGCGGAGAAGCGAGAACGAAUGGAGCGCCUGGAAAUGAUGACGACCGCCCAGAUAGAGCAGGAAAAUACACAACUGAUUAAUGAUUUGUACCGAUUAUUAAAAAAAUACACCGGAUUAAGAAAUUUGAUCCGGGAAUUAAAGUCUGAGUAUGGCAAUUCUAAAAUCUAUCCAAUUUUUCCGCGGUACACGAUGCUGAAGGAUAUGAUAAAGGAUAUCAUGCACGACCCAGACUACAUGGAAGUUUGUCAUGAGCGCACAUGAAGUCGAGUAAGUCAAAGUUGUCCAUUUCGCUCACGAGAACUGAUCAAGCGAUUGUAUACAGUAGGCUGUGAAAUACUGCUACGUUUUCAGUUAACCCGAUUGGUAUAACACAGCAGCUGUGCAAAACUGGAAAAUUUGUCAGCCGCGUUACGUAUUUGGUGGAUGAUAUCUAUUAGCUUAAACCAACACAUAUACUUAUGUUACUAUAGUUUAACGUACUUCAUUAGUAAACCAACGCAGUCGUUACCUUAUUUUGAAUGCGAAGUGCGACGAUUAAUCACAAAGCAUCCCACCCCAUUAAAUUACACACUAAAAUUAUCUAAACACCGCCAGAAGAAAACAAACAAAAACAACACAAAUCAUCGCGAAGACAAAAAUAUAAAAACAUCCCACCUUUCGAUGUGACAUGUAUAAGCAUAUAAUGGAGUAAUAUUUACACGUCAAGCCAAUUUGAGAAACAACCGUAUCGCUUUCUUUCUGAACUAUCAAUUUUCUACACUUCAGGAAACAUAAAUACAAGAAAUCAAGUAACAAUACAGACUAAUACAUAUUGCUGGAAAAAAAAAGAAUGAGAAAACAAAUGUCAUCUUAACUAUCCGAAUAACACGAACAAAUGACCAAUAUUAGCUACGACUAGACAACAAAAAUGAAACAAACUAAAUAAACAAAUUAACAAUGAUACUUGUAGUAGAAUCUACGCAUAUAUGUUACGCUUUUGGUGAGACAGGAUAGGAAGCAGAAUGAAUCUAAAACAUAAUAAUGUGAGCAUAACAUAUGUCCUGGUAAUUAACCAAUAUUUGGAUUUACUUGUGCAAAAUGAUUCGUCGGACUAUCUUGGGAAUAAACUGGAAGCAAGUAUAACAUAUUACCAUAGGUUUAUUAGCAACAAAAAGCUCGAUAUUUUUUCCGAUAUUUGGAAACAAUGUUGCAGAAUAUUGAAUUUUGGUUGGAGGAGAGCAAACAGCACAUUAGGAAAAAUCAAACAACAAAGUAGUUAGUGAUACAUAAUCUAAUUGAUAUAAAAGUGACAAAUUUAUCAAGGCAGGGGCUUCAGUUGAUAUCGAUGUCCGGAACCUCAUUCAACCUUUCCCGAGGAAAGUUUCCUACCCUUGAAGGCGAUUCCAUUGGAUGCAUAAUUUAUUCGAGAUAUAACAUUCAACCAAUUCAUUUUGCGGUAUCAAUUUAACCUUGGAAUGAGGUUUUCAGUUCUGGUUAACAAUAGGUACAGAUUGUACAUUGCCAAUCUGACAAAAAAAAAUACAAUGGAAGCUUAUUGGCUGCUACUGGAUGAAAGUUUAUAGUAUUUAAUAGGUAUUUGAAGCGAUAAGAAAUUAUACCAUAGAAUAGAACAAAACGUAUUCAUGAAAAAUACUUCAAAACAAGCGGUAUUUGAUUACUAAAGAUUCAAAAGAGAGAAAAAAAAAGUUACAUCAAUUACUGUUGCAAGUUGGUUCGUAUAAAUAUAGGUUUUCUAGUAAAACAGAAUAAGCUAUUUUCUUCUGUCCGCAUAAAAACCAUCGGAUAUAAAUUAUAGGCAGAGUUAGACGUUUUGGUUCUCAAUAUGAAUGGCCAGCCAACUUUACAAUUGACAGCAUAUGGCAUGAGUUUUCUGUUUUAGCUACACUUGAAGAAUCAUGUCUGGUCGAUUUUUGUUAUGUUUUCAAUAGAGUUUUCACAACCAAACCCACACGACGAAUAUUUUGGCGCAUCUCAAGUGACUCCUUGUUUAUUCAUUCAUGAUGGUGAUGUUGUUUUGUUUCCAUCAUUGAUUGAAUAACUCUUAUAACAAUACAAGAAAUAACUUUUAAUACAAUGACACUCGUUUCCUUUUUUACUCAUACUGAACUAUAAAGCCGCGAUGAUCAAAGAAUGUAUAGUAGAAGUCUCAUCUUCAACUAUAGUAAUUUCCAAGUGCAUCGUUAGUAGAAUCCUUGGGAUGAUAGAUUAAAGGCUGCCCAUGAAAGCUAAUUCAUGAGCUCUUUUCUUUGAAAUCCCUCUCCUUUAAAAUUCCACUCUACAAUAAACUUUCCUGCGUACUGUCUGGAACUUCUGCUUUCAAAAUCUUGCGAAUAAGAAAAUUAGACUCACUUCAAUUGAUGCUUAUGAUGAUGAUUUUUUGAAUAUGAUUGUAAUUUAAAAGACAAUUAAUUCAGCAUCUAGGACACACAACUUCCGUUACAGCGCAUCUGAAGCUAUGAUUAGCAUAGUUAAUAGGAAAACGCAAUCAGAACAUUCGUAGCGAUGGGUUUUUUUCUUACAUGCGGAAAAAUAUACCACCCCCAUCCUCACUUGAUUCGAUUCAGUUGUUUCAAAUGUGAAACUUGCAGCUUGCAGCAGAAAGGAAAACUCAGGAAAUAUGCUGUCAAAAUAUGUCCUUGAACACAGUUUUCAAUCUAGAUGUAACGCUGUUAAAAAUUAAUGUUGAAAGAAUAUCUUUUGAGGCACCAAUGCAGUAUAGCAUGACCGAAGAAUGAACAGAACAAUACAACAUAAGUUAGAUACGAUGUCUAGUGAUGCCGGAAGAAAAAAAAACGUAUAAAAUUCGUGAAGCAUAGCAGACAUACAUUGAAUAGCAUAGCGAUUUAUUGAUUAUACUAAGGAUGCAAUAGUGUAUUGCGAUGAGGUGGAACUUUAGAGAUAGGUUGCAAACAAUAAUAGCUGUACCCCAAUUUUGAUUUAGAAGACAAUUAGAGUGUUGCAAAUGCCAAUAAUUCCUAAUCAUAGAAAUAAUAGUUUCAUUGAAGUUCUAUAUAGUUUCGGAAAGUUCAACAGAAUAAUUAUAAUGCAUUAACGUUGUGGUGAAUGAGAGGAGUCAGUUUCUGUGUGUGGGUUUUUUACUCAUACAAAAUUCAUUUUUUUCUUAACACGCAGUUCAAAUAAAACUAGAGGUUUAGUGUAGUAAUAAAUUAGAGGCAAAAUAGGACUAUCUGUUCAAUUUGUAUACACUAGUUUCUUUAUAAGCAGACUUCUGAUGCGAAAAUUGUUUAUACCGUUACGUACAAGUACAUGUGACAUUGUUCAAAUUUAAUUAGCUUCCAUAUUUUCUAAACUACUAGAGUUCAGACCCGAUUUUCAGUCGGAAAUGCAAAUAACAUUGAUUAACUUCAUACAUAUCAACCUUUUUUCACCAUGUAUCGACUAUUUUGAAAUGAUCUCAUUAGUAUUGUGAAAAAAGUAAAAUGAUUAUGAAUUAUAUUGGCCGCAUUUAACAACUCGAAUAUUUACCGCCGAAUGCGAAACUACGCUGGAAAAGUUUAUGCUGUCCGUAUGCGGUUUCAUUGCCCUAAAGAAAGAAAAAAGCUGCUCAAAGGCAUUCCUUUCAUAUUUUAUAAUAAAAAGCUUUACACAAUUUGUAAUUCUACAAAGCGAUUUAGCAAUGAAAACAAAACAGCUUAAAACCGUUGUGCACGCUAUUAAAUUUAUCUAUUUUUAUAAUGAUGUUGCAAUGUUGGUGAUGAAUAUUUUCCUUCCAUAGGUAUUUAUGCUUAAAACUACUGUUUAUUACUUAUCAAUAUUAUAAAUUAUUAUUUCAAACUUUUUAGUUAUUCAAGUACCGAUUUGUGUUUCCAAAAAUAAUUACCGUUCGUUCUACAUCGGUAAUAAGCUAUUAUCCUAAUUUUAGCUAGUACAUAUAUUAGGUUUGCACAAAGACAAUCUGUUAAUGAGGCAUUACAAUUUGUUAUACGUUUAUCGAGAAAAAAAUUAAAAUGAUAUUGGUGAAGAUUGCCAUUUCACUUGCUUCGAAGAUGCUGUAGUUUACACACGCUAUAGCUUGAAUAGGCCAUGUCCUUGAAUAACAAAUGCUUAUAUGUCUAGAAUAACCAAUAACGAAAUCAACGGAAUAUCCUUAACAUUAAACUUAUCAAUUAAUCCCCAACCAAAAUAAACUCAGAAAGCUUUAUCCUAUAAAACUUCUAACGUUAAAACGAACAACACACAUAAUUGAGAAAAAAAAAACAUUACAACCACCUCAAUACAAAACAAUAAAUGUACAUUCUUUGGUAGCGAAGAAAAACAUUAUUCCAUGGGAAAAAACGAGAAGCUGACAAUUUAAACACACUUCUAUCCCUCCGUAUUUGAAUGCCGAGAUAACCUACCAUUUUUUAAGCCAGAAGCCACUAUCACCGAAAAAUGAAAACGUUGUGUUUAUUUAUCCAAGAAUGACAACCGAACCGGACCGGAAUACCGGAGAAUCCAAAUAAUCACUGUUAAAAAUGCCACCACGACAAAUGAAUCGUUAUCAGAAAAGAGUUAAAUAAUCAACCCCACGAUUGGAAAAUUUGCACAAAACAUCACUAGGGCAUCAGAAAAGAGCAUUUGUGAAUCAGGAAUGGGAAUGAAAAUCAACAACUAAGGGAGAAAUAAUCAAAUCGGAAGCAUACAAAAGUACGAUCAAACUAAAUAUAACAAUAAGAAGAAAAAGAAAAAAAAGAGAAAAACAAACCAAUAAGGUAAAGCAUAAUGAAACAUUGUGUAUGUGUAUGCUAAACGUAUUUUUGACUAUUAUUUAUAUGAAAGUGGAAAUAUAAGUUAUUUACAAACUGUGAA